AUCUCCUUUUUGCCCCACCAUUUAAUUUGAUUGCACAGUGGACUCAUCCCUUCCAUUGGAUUGCUUAGACUCCAAAUCACACCGCCCCAAUCUGACCCUCUAUUUUUCUAUUGUUCUCUUUCUUCUUCAUUCUUCCAGUCUCUCUCUAUCCUUCUCUCUCCCACCUCUUUCCUCUUUCCUUCCCCCUUCCCCACACUCCCUGGUCGUCUUGGACUGGGAAGAAGAAUUCUAGAGUUUGGUGUUGGUGUUUAUUCAAGAGCAGCCAGUGCUUGCUUUUAGUAUUGGCGAGUCUUUCAGGACCCAGUGGUUUGGUUUGGGGAGGCCUGCAAGAAGAUCUUGUAUAAAUCCUUCUAAUUUUAGCGGAAAUUCUCACAUAAAAACACGAUUUUUGUGUUUUUUAGCUUCCCUGUGUUUUGGGUCGAUUUGUAUUGGGAUUAAAAGGGGAGGAGGAAAGGAGUGGUACGUAUGGGAAAGCAAGGACCUUGCUGCCAUUGUGGAGUUACAAGUACCCCACUUUGGCGGAAUGGGCCACCUGAAAAACCAGUUUUAUGCAAUGCAUGUGGUUCGAGGUGGAGGACCAAGGGUUCAUUGACAAACUAUGUACCACUACAUGCUCGUGAAGCCUUUGAUUCAGAUGAGCUAAAAGUUCCAAAAAUAAAAAAUAUAUCCUUUAAGCCUAAAGAGCAUAAGUUGCAAAAGAAAAAGCAAAGCAAUAAUAUAUUGGAAAGUGAAUGUGAAAUACAGUAUUGUGAUCAAAACUUUCAUAAGAUUGCCGAGGGAGACACGAGCAAUCGAUCCAGUUCUGGCUCAGCCAUAUCAGGUUCAGACAGCUGUGUACAAUUUGGCACCACUGAUGCAAGUGAUGUAACAGUUUGCUUUUCAGGUUCAGUGCAAUCAAAUGUAUGGGAUUCACUUGUGCCAUCAAAGAGGAGGACAUUUGUGACUCGCCCAAAGCCUUCUCCUGUUGAAAAGCUUACAAAGGACCUAUGUUCCAUAUUGCAUGAAGAACAAGCUUCUAAUUUGUCAAUAACCUCAGAAGAUGAUUUACUUUAUGAAAGUUUAACUCCAUUUGACUCUUCGGAGAUCGGGUAUGGAGGUGUACUGAUUAAACAUCCAAACUCGAAAUCUGUCGAGGAGGAAUCAGAAGCCAGCUCACUUCCAGUGGAUAAAUCAUAUCUUCGUAAUGAAAGUUAUACAGGUUCAUCCUUUCCAGUAAAUAUUGAAGGCAAAGGGACAAGUUUUCUGAAUUCUGGUACUGGCACAAUGAAGUCUACAACACAAUUGGCUCAAGAGAAUGUGAAAAGGGGUAAAAUUUCACAUGAAAAGUUAAAAAUCUUGCGAGACAGAGAAUCUCCCCUGACUUCUGCAGAUUUAAAUAUUAUUGUCAAGUAUGAUGUUUUCAUGAAAUACCUGACAUACGAGGAACGGCAACAAUUGAUGAAAUAUCUGCCAUCUAUAGACACUGUGAAACCUCCUGAAAGCCUCAAAAACAUGUUUGCCAGUCCCCAAUUCCUGGAGACAUUGUCUUACUUCCAGCAACUGCUUCAGGAAGGAGUUUUUGAUCUCUCCUUGUCAGGAGCAAAUGCUGAGGAGUGUAGGAACCUGAAAAGGCUUGUACUACUAAAUUGUUCAAAUCUUCAAUGGUUGGAGUGCUAUCAAAAAAUAAAGGAUGCACCCUCCAAGAAGACAAGAGGAGGAAAUGGAACAUCUCCCAGACGGAAGCUUACUGGUCUUUCCAAUUUCUCAUCCCUGAAAAGGCAUCAUGAUAAGCAAAACCGGGACUAUCCAGAGCUAAGCACCGUGAGAAGCUCGAAAAAGUUAUGCAAAUCUGGACGCAUGAGCCCUCCAAGAAGUUCAACUCAGCUGGAAUCUAGUAUAGUUUCCAAAGUAACCGAUGACACGGUGGACAUUGCAGAUCACGAAGGUGGUUGCUCGAGUCCAAGAAGAGUUUUGGCAUCUCCUGAUGAUAGGAGCUCCAUGCUAGCCUCGGUGCAGUUCAUCGCCGACAGUCCCGAAUGCGACUUGCUUCUGGAUGUGCCUUCCGGUGCAUCAUUUGCCGAAGCGGAACUUCUGUACCAUCCAUGGAAACAGAAAACGAACCGGAAUGGUUCCUGGACGGAGAGUGGAGUUGAAGCUUCCGACCACCCAUCUUCAAGUUUCACCAACAAAUAGUCAAGGCGUUGGUGGCAGACACAGUAGUAUAAUCGAAUCGAUCGUUUCCCUUUGAACAUAACCGAAGGACGAGUGCCUGAAAUAUGGUGUUAAACAGUCUUCUUCUCUCACCUCUGAUAAUUCACUCUACUUUUUCCAAGUACGCUGAAAACUGAGCGUUGCCUUUCUUUUAUUCCCUGGCAAGACGGUUGUAAUGUAACUCGAGGAGUAAAGGAGGAGUUUGUAUAAACUGUAAAGAAUUGGAGUUGCGGAGUUUAUAUAUGUUGCUCGUCACCAUU